ACAUGGCAAUGAUGAAGAUGGCAAUUAACCGGAAGGUGGUUGGCUACAGCCCACACUGGGAACAUACAGUUCGGAGCACACAACAGCACAGGAAGGAUUCCUCAGAAAACCUCAACUCGUGGGAAGAAGAGAAAGCAAGCAGCAGUAUGUCUAACAACCGAGGUGAACUGAUCGCCUACAUCAAGAGGCUGGGAUACAGUGAGAAGAUCGCAGAGGAGGUCCUCCGACAGAGAGGAGAUAGGAUCAGCAAGUCAGAAUUACUGAAUUACGUCGUCAUUGCUGCCUCCAAAAACAAGGACGUCAGAACAAAACCAAGUGCAGACUACUUAAACAACCAGGACAGCUUCAGAAAACCUGACGGGUCAACACUGAGAAAACCACUUUGGAAGAGGAAAAACAACAAGUGAGGGGUACGAAGACAUCACGUGACACCCCGCGUGUUAGGAGCAACGCUCUGAAUAAAAAUCAGAAUUGGAAGAACCGCAUCAACAUUGACAGAUUCACUAAGGUAUUGCUUGUAAGAAACAAUCGAGGUUGAGACCCAAGACUGUCUUCAGAAUAAAUGACCCGUUUGUCGCUUUUACUGUAAUGUUAAUUGUUAUGAAGUUUAUUGUAUUUGUCUACGAUGUUGUUGCCUUCUUUCUCAGAA